GGACACCCUUGUUGAACAGACAGUGAUCGGGAGUCACGUUUCAAAGGUCAUGAUGUGGAAGACUGGGCGAAAGAACGUAACGUUGAAUGGAGGAUCCAUCUCCCCUAUAAUCUGCAAGUAGCAGGGCACUUGUGACAAUGGUGGCACCUGGAUGCAGAGCCAGUGCUCCUGCCCCAGCACUUUCUCUGGCUCCCGCUGUGAGUUUGCUGCGGAACACAUAGAUGUGGACAAAGUGGACGCUGAAGUGGGCAUGGAGGUUUCUGUCGACCAGAAGUUCUCCCCGGACCUCAAUGACAACACUUCUAAGGCCUAUAGGGAUUUCACGGACACCUUCCGGGAUCAGAUGAAGAAGGUCUACCAAAAUGUGGAGGGGUUCAAGGAGGUGGUGAUCCUUUCUCUGAGGAAUGGCAGCAUUGUUGUGGACUACCUGGUCCAGCUGGAGUUACCCUUCAGCCUCCAGCUGGAGAGCGAGUAUGAGAAUGUGAAAGUGGCCCUGAAGGAGGAGCUCCAGACUUUCAGCCAGAAUAGCAGCUGCGGGAAGGACCAGGUCUUGUGUUUUAAGCCUGAUUCCAUCAAGGUGAACAACAACACCAGGACGGAGCUGUCCCAGGAAGCCAUCUGUCGCCACGCUGCUGCCGUGGGCUACGAGGAUUUCUACUUCCCCUUGGUGAAGGAGAACAAGCUCCUCUGUGUCACCAAAUGCACGGCGGGCGUGGACGGCGCCAUCGACUGUCGUCAGGGCCAGUGCGUUCUGCAGAGGAGCGGUCCUUAUUGCCGCUGCUUCUCCACGGACACGCACUGGUUCUUGGGCUCGCGCUGCGAGGUGACCAUCUCCUGGAAGGCGCUUGUCGGAGGCCUGGCGGGGACCGCGGCGCUGCUGCUGCUGCUGCUGCUGGGGGCGCUGAGCGUCUUCGUCGCGCGCUCGUGGAGGAGGCGCGGCCAAGGCGGAGGCCUGUCCUGGGACGACAGGAAGUGGUUCGAGACCUGUGAUGAGAACACCGUGAAGACUUUUUCUAACUUGGGCUUCGAGAAUGACAGAACAGAUGAAAACUUCUAUGUGGCCUUGGAGAACGUGGACACUAAUAUGACGCUGCACUUCCACAAGCCUGAGGUGAGCCUGACCUCUCUGUGA